GCUUGGAUCGAGUUCUGCACCGAAACUAGCUAGUUGGUUGCCUUGGCAGAGGAUUCAAUACAUUUGAACCAAAUUUGUGUUUAAAAAAAAAAAAAGAGAGGAUCUCGCUUGAACAUUUUUUUAUUCUCUAGCGACACCCAACACACUAGAAGGAAACUGCAUCCGUGAUCCAACUUGUUGCUUUUGGAGCUCUUGGCUUCUUUUAGCAACUUGAUCUAUGCAGCAGUGACCGAAGCAAGUCUGGAUCUUGACGCCGAAGCUUUUGCCCGACAUAUCUCACGGGCACCAAACUCUCCGGGGCUGCCCGGACCCGUUGGACAACCGAGUAUACUUUAGCGGGCUGCUACACGGACGUCAGGUCAGGCACUGUGCGUCACCGUGAAGAUGGCGGAGGCUGCGGACACACCACAACACAGGUUUUUCUGUCACUGCUGUAAAUGUGAAACAAACCCCAAAAUCCCGGAUUUUGUAUGCCCAAGAUGUGACUCUGCCUUCAUUGAAGAGGUGACAGAAGACUCCAGUCUCCUAGAGAAUAGCAGAUCAGGGGCCAUUGAAUACUUUUUUUUCUCAGAGUUUUGGCAGCGGCUGUUUAUGGAGCACUCUGCUCUGCUGUCGCAUCCGCCCUCAUCAGAGUGCGACCCAGAUGACAGCGAGCAGAUAUCUACAGGUCAGAGCCGUCUUUCUCUAGGGUCACCGGGCGCUACUGAGGCCGAAGAACCAGAGUCACCUUCCCAGCCUGAACAAAGGCCAGCAGUGGAAGGGAUUGUGCAGCAGUUCUUGGCCGGCCUGUUUGCCAACAGCCAAAACUCCGGUGCUGCACCAGCUGCACUAUCCAACAUGCUACAGUUGUACUCAAACCCUGGCGAUUAUGCUUGGGGUCAGGGAGGUCUGGAUGCUGUUAUCACAGAGUUGUUAGGAGAGCUGGAGGGCACAGGUCCUCCCCCUGCAGAAAAGGAGAUGAUCUCAUCCUUGCCAACAGUUUGCAUCUCUCAAGAACAGACAGACUGCAGACUGGAGUGUCCAGUUUGUAGGGAGGAGUAUUCAUCAGGGGAGUCUGUCAGGAAACUACCCUGCCUCCAUUACUUCCACGGUGAAUGUAUAGUGCCUUGGCUGGAGCUGCAUGAUACCUGCCCAGUGUGCAGAAAAAGCCUUGACGGUGUCGACAACAGCCUCCUGCCCACAUCAGAACCCCCAGAACCUCGCUCCAUCAGGACAGAGCAACAGGAGAGACAGGCAAUCUGAGAAACGGGCCGAGCAAAUCUACCUCCCUUUACUUUUUACAAGAGACACCCUUCUCACCUCAGACCUCUCCCUCUGCACUCUCCGCGUUUAAAUAAAAUGCAUUACAUCCAUCACUGUCAGGACUUACAGCUUCAACUCUCACUACUGUACACUCAUCUCUGCUAAUAUAUAUGUCUUCUACUCCAACAUCUUCAUGAUUUUUAGGCUACACAAGACACAAAAGGACGUGCAGUUUGCGGACAAGAUGUGGAGGUGAUGUGUCUACACUGCCCUCUUAUGAGGUUUUCUGAACCACUGAUUUUCACCACUGAGCUGCCAGUGGUUGUCAAUAUGAUGUGAAUUACCAGAAUUAUGAAGUAACACCUUCGCAUUAAGGCUCUUGAUAAAACAAUUUCCUAAUGCAGAAUAAUCUGUUUUUCCACCCAAUCUGAUACAGCUUUGAUGUGUUCUCUAUAUUAAAGCUAACCCUGUGAUCCCCACAA